AUGGUGAACUUUUAUCGUCGGUUUCUCCCUAACUGUGCCGAUACCAUCCUACCUCUGCCCUGUCUCCUCUCAGCUUCUAAGCACACCUUCAAACUCCCACCAGCAGCACUCACGUCAUUUGAGCAGGUAAAAGCCCUUUUGGCUGAUGCCACCCUCCUGACUCACUUUCAUGCUGAUGCACCCAUGUCUCUGAUGGUCGAUGCCUCCAAUAUUGCUGUUGGCGCGGUUCUUCAACAAAGUCUGCCAGAUUCUACCGUGCCUUUGGCUUUCUUCUCCAGGAAACUAUCCAAGGCCGAAAUCUGCUACAGCACAUUUGGACGCGAACUUCUCGUCGCUUAUCUUGCGGUAAGGCACUUCCGGCAUUUACUCGAAGAUCGAGACUUCACAAUUUUCACAGAUAAUUGGGCACUCACUUUUGCUAUGCAUUCCCACUCUGACAAACUAAACCCCCCGGGAGAUCCGCCACCUGGACUACACUUCGCAGUUCACUUCAGACAUCCGCCAUAUUGACGGGUCACGGAAUGAGGUGGCUGACGCACUGUCCAGACCCUCUAUCGCUCACUUUCGACUUUCACCCGAGAUCGACCUCACCGAGAUGGCCGCUGAACAACGCCGUGUCGGUUCACCCUGUGACAAGGAUGUUUCCGGACUCCAUCUUCGGGAACUACCAUUGAUAACUGGCAACGGCAUCAUUUUGUGCGACGUAUCCACCCCUUUCCAUCAUCCAUUUGUGCCACCAUCCCUCGGCCGCAAAGUUUUCUCCUCGCUGCACAAUCUCUCUCACCCUGGGAGUCGAGCAACCGACAAGCUGGUUCCCGAUGGCUUCGUCUGA